AUGAUUUCAACUUCUAGUCUUUCCUUCGAAAGAAGUUUUGUAUCAAAUAUCCUUACUAAACAAGGUAUAAAGAGUUUUACAUCUUGUAAAUCAACUGUGUCUGAUAUAACUAAUGCUCCAUUGUCUACUAGUUCAACUUUAUUAGCUUGUUACACUGGCAAUCAUGAUCAUAAUCAACAUGAUAUUAAUUGGAAUAAAAGUAAUAGUGUGAAUAUUGAUAUUAACGAAUUCUCCCGUCCUGUUAUAUUAGAUAAAUCUUCAAUUCCAUCUAAAACCUCAGGUCGAUUUAUUAGAAUUUGGAUUGAGGGAAAGAUGGUUAAAAUCUUAGAUACCAUUCAUUCAAAGCGUGUAUUACGAAAAGUAGAUGGUUAUAAUCUUUUCCUCAGGAAAGUCCAAAUUGUUGUUUGUGGUUAUUUUGAAUUGAAACUGAAAAAGGAUGGCAUCAUGAUUAAACCUCCUUUCAAAAUUCCAAAUUAUGUUAUUGAGGAAAUUCAUGGUGACUUAGAUGAAAUGUUUCAACAGGCUAAAUCCGCUGAUAUUGUUGAUAAUGAUGAAGAAAACAUCAUCCUACCAAGAAAGCAAUAUUACAUUGAUGCUCGCUCUAACCAAGGGUUUGAUUCAAAAGAAAAUGUGGAAGCGGUGGUCAAUGCUUUGAAGAAAUUUUAUAAAGUUUAUACUCCGUUAGAUGAAGAAGCCAGAAAAAACUUAAGAGACUGGCUAAAAAGCAGAUGGCUCCAUAAUGAUAAUAAUUUAUUAGGUUUCGAAGAGUUUACGGAACUUCAAUUGGCCAUUACCAAUUUGAGUAAGGCUAAUCCCCUUAGAGUUAUAAGUUAUAACACUGGUGAGAAAUGUUUUAGAGUUUCAAUAUACUUUGAAAUUUUAAAAAUGCUUGAAUGUUCAAGUUGA